AACAACAACACCUCACACACUUCCUUCGAUCAAAACAAACUUUCCCAUACAACCUUACAUGGAGCACGGCAUUGGGAACGGUGCAAUGAGGUCCUCAAGGGACCAACAAAAAGAAGAGUGGAAUGCCUCGGAAGAAGAAGACGCUAGGAAGGCAAAGUGGUGGUAUUCGUCUUUCCACAAUGUCACAGCUAUGGUGGGUGCCGGCGUGCUAGGGUUACCCUUCGCCAUUGCGCAGCUUGGAUGGGUUCCGGGUCUUAUAAUGAUCAUGGCUUCAUGGCUUCUGACAUUUUACACACUGUGGCUACUUGCUGAGAUGCACGAGAUGGUUCCUGGGGAGAGAUUUGACCGAUACUAUGAUCUGGGGGUGCACGUUCUUGGUCCUAAGAAAGGGCUCUGGUUCGUGAUGCCGCAGCAGUUAACGGUUCAGGUGGCCUCCGCCAUUGUGUACUGUGUGACCGGUGGGAAAUCGCUGAAGAAGUUUUUCGAAAUGCUCUCGGUUCAUGGCAUGAGUGACAUCAGACAAACGUAUUACAUUCUCAUGUUUGUAGUGUUGCAGAUUAUGCUUUCCCAAACCCCUAACUUCCAUAAAUUGAAAGCGGUUUCUUCUCUGGCCGCUGUGAUGUCAAUCUGCUAUUCUAUGGUGGCCUUUGUCAUGUCCAUUAUCGAGGGGUUGCAGGGUCGUCCUAGGAGUUAUUCAGUUCGGUCUCACACAACUGCAGGAAAAACUUUUGAUGCCUUCAAUGCCCUUGGAACCAUAGCUUUUGCCUUUGCCGGUCACAGUGUUGCAUUGGAGAUUCAGGCCACGUUGCCCUCAACAGUAGAGAAACCCUCAAAGAUCCCAAUGUGGCGAGGUGUGGUCUUCGCAUACUGCAUUGUCAUUUUCUGCUAUUUAACAGUUGCAGUUUCUGGAUUCUGGGCAUUUGGAAACGCUGUUGAAGAUGAUGUUCUCAUCACUCUCGAACACCCCUUUUGGCUCAUUGCCAUCGCUAACUUGAUGGUCUUUAUUCAUGUUGUGGGAAGCUUCCAGGUUUUUUCCAUGCCUGUGUUUGAUACAAUAGAGACAAAAGUGGUGGAAAAAUUGAAUUGUAAUCGCUCAGCCAUGCUUCGCCUUGUUUGUCGAACCAUCUUUGUCUGUGUGGUGGGAUUCAUUGGCAUGUGCGUUCCAUUUUUUGGAGGACUAUUAGGGUUUUUUGGAGGACUAGCUUUCACGUCAACGUCAUACAUUAUUCCUUGUGUGUUAUGGCUUGAGGCAACAAAACCUAGAAGAUGGAGUUUCCAUUGGGUGUUAUCAUGGUUGAGCAUCAUUGUUGGACUUAUGAUAGCAUGUCUUGCACCGAUUGGAGGAAUCCGAACAAUUGUGGUUUCCGCAAAGACUUACAAACUAUUUUCCUAAUACAGGAGAAUAUAUGUAUAAUAAUCAUGUUAUGUACCAUUAUUUCCUCUUGG